UUCAUCCAAUCUUUACCACAUUCAAACUGAUCCAUCACAUUCUAUCUGGACUUUAAUACAACAGCGUAGAGACCACUUUAAAACAAUUUCUAUUGAAACAUUUGUAUGUACUAUACGAGCCAUUCUGACGGUAGUCGCACGCAUGCGUCGGGAUCGUAAACACGCCGCGGUCGUCAGUCUCACGACGGAAGGCGCGCUGAACGGACGUCAGACAGCGCUGCGCGGUAUACGAUACGCACCGCGUGUGCUAUGUGAAUUGUUAUACGUAUUCCAUUUAGUUUUAUAAGUGAGCGAUUUUUGGAGGGCUUUCGACGAUGCGGGUCGCGGGCGCGUGACGACGGACGGUCUGCUAAGCGCUCUGGCCCGCCUGCGCCGUCCGCCGCCCCCCUUCCAGCACUCCUCAAUACCCACACGACCCACGGAUGGGCGUAACCAGGCCCCCAAGAUCCACUCUACUCAUCCAUCACCCGAACACACUGCAGGUGCGGAGGGCAGUAUGACCGUAGCCCACGGGGACAGUUCUCCUGAGCGACUGGGGGGUGCUUUGCGAAGGCUUCACUAUCGCGCCACUCGUCGCGCUCACUCCUCAGCCGCUAGACAUCACUCCACUCCUAAGGUGGUCGUUAUGGGUAGCAGCACUACAUCCGACAAAACCAUCAACACCUCCACCGACUCCGCAGCCACCGCUCUCACGUCCAUCACCGGCACCGAUGAAUCCAUGGAUGCUGAACCCGACCUCAUCGAUGCAGAUCCCCCUCAGCCUCAACCCGAACCCCAAAACCCACCAAGCACAGCCCCGCCUCAUUACCACAGAGCACAGGACAGCUGUGAAUUCGAUGCACCAGCUUAUACAAUUCCUCAAUCAGCCACCGACACCAUGGAUUCCCCACGGCCGGGACCGGCAAGAUUUGUUUUUGAUGUCCAAUUACCUGAUCCCAAAAAGGAGAAACCUCGCAACAAAACCCAAGUGAGCCAAACAGGUCUAGGCGGGCCUGCCACAUCGAUCCAGAUACCUUACGACCCCAAAUGCGAACCUCCUAAAAGCCCAAAAGCUAGCCAGAUCAAAUAUGAGACGCAUUUCGAUUUUGAGCCUGAAACAGUGAUGAGGAGAGGCAGCGAGACGAGGAUGAAAAAUAAACAAAAGGAAAAGCAAGAAUAUUAUAAAGAUGAAGUAGCAAAGUUAAGAAGACAAUUGGAAGGCACGGAGGUAUUCACGAAGAGUCGGAGACGGUCGUCUACACAUCAACAUUCUGUACCCCCUCCAUCAUCAAGAAGACAAUCUACAGCCGCUCAAGUCCAUGUUACUGCAAAUCCACUGGACUCUGCUUCAUCGAUGCCUGCUGGAAGAACAACGAUCGUCGUGCAGCAGCCCUCGCUGUCCCUGGACUAUGGCGGCUGUUCAACUAUACUGGUGAGAGAUGGUGACGAGAGACGUAACAGCAGAAUUUGCAACGAUCACAUCCAGCAACUCCUGGACGUGACCAGCCAGUUCACAUCGGAAGAGCUGCACGAAUUCGACAAAAGAUACGGCAGCCCUCAUCAUUCCCGGUCACAGUCAGUUAAAGCCCAGCGUUCUAGAACCGGUGAGAGACAACUGCUUGGUCUCCCGCAGCAGAGAGCGAGGGUAGCAUCUAUGCCCAAUACUGGUGUCGAAGAAGAAUAUUAUAGAUUACGACACUUCAGCAUCACUGGUAAAGGAGUGGUGAACAGAGGCGAUUCCCUUCGCUCACGACGCUCUAGAUCCAACACCUCAGUGGCAUCCAGUGCAUCCAGCACUGAGGCUGUUACAAGAGCGUCCGCACCCUGUUCCUUAGCAUCUUCAAGAGAUUCUUCGGCGGGUCUAAGCAGUUACCGCGUGGUGGUGUUGGGUGGGCCUGGUGUUGGCAAAUCAAGUUUGGUGGGGCAGUUUAUGACGUCAGACUACUUACAUGCGUACGACACAAGCAUUGAUGACGAAUCCGGUGAAAAAUCCGUUUGCGUCUUGCUCGCGGGUGAGGAAUCUGAAAUAACUUUCCUGGAUUCGCCACCAGAUCACGUCCUCUCAGAGGGUUCAGCUCAUGGUUACUGCGUGGUUUAUUCCACCGCUGACCGCACCAGCUUCGCCGAGGCUGAACGCCGCCUGCAGGCUUUAUGGGCUGCUGGACACACCGCUCGUCGGGCUGUCAUACUGGUCGGGAAUAAGGCUGAUUUGGCUAGAUCAAGAGUUGUCAAUACUGAAGAAGGCAAAGCCCUAGCGACGUCAUACGAGUGCAAGUUUAUAGAGACAUCAGUGGGCAUUAACCACAACGUUGACGAGUUGCUGGUGGGACUCCUCACGCAGAUCAGGUUGAAGCAGCAACACGCGGAAAGAGUCAGAAAACGCAGUACCUCUCGUAAGAACCGGAGUCGCGCCCGCUCUCCGCUCGACAGUGAACCCGCCCCAGCGCCCUCCCCGGCCUCCGCUGCUAGUACUCCACGUAAACGGACCCGAUUAUCCGCCAGUGUUAAGGUGCGCGGUCUACUCGGUCGUGUUUGGGCUCGUGACUCCAAAUCUAAAUCCUGUGAAAACCUUCACGUCCUGUAGCAUUCAGCCGCCGCGCCCGUCACCUGUUUCCCAUUCUUCGACUGCGCUGCCAAUUACGCGUAGAAACCAUUCUAUUUCACAUUUUAAAUUAAUUUGCGUCUUCUUUUUGUCUCUAAUUAUCUCUUAUUAUUUUAUAUUCCACAUAGAUUUGUCUUUUAGAUGCCUAUAAUUUAAUGAUUGCUACUAAGCCCCUUCUCUUAGAAUGAAUCAGAGAUCAAUUCUUACUGCGACUUAACAGUCUUUCAAGCCGUAUCUCCAUUGACUAUUGCUGGGACGAUGAUAUAAUUUUCCAAUAUAUAACUGAGGUUUAAUGAACGGGAUAUUUUCUUUUAAAACGAGCCUGAUGAAAUUUAAGCAUAAUUAAUUUUGAUACAGUUUUGCCUUUUUUCGCUUAAUUGCAAGAUUUUCACAUGAGAAGGGCGAAUAUGUUUUGCUUAAAAUAUAAAUAAAAAUACGGCUUCAUGUGAGAAAAAAUGGCGGGCCGGCGGCUGUCAAUGCGGCAGAUAUAUUAUUAUUAUAUACGGUGACAUGACCGUGUUUAAAUUGAAAUAACUAUAAAAACAAACAAAUAAAAACGAAUGUUAAUUUACAAUUAACGAAUUUGGCAUAAACGCCAUCUCUUGUGUAUAACCGAAAUUAAUAUGCGUUUUGUUAUUGCUCUAAAAAAAUAUAAAAAAAAAGGUAUAAUAAAAUAAAUUUUUGUAAAUUAGUGAUGACGAGUAUUAGUAGAUAUAAAGAAGAUUUGUAGUUUAAUGAAAUAUAUGUGAUCCCGUCGUGUCUCCCGUUUACAUGUUUAUUCCAAGUAGAUGUUCGAUUUAAAUAAUCGAUAAAUAAUAACAUUUUUUGUCAUUUAUUAUAUAAACUUUACUGGAAAUUACAGCACGUAACCGUUUUUAAUAUUGUAUAUGAUUAUACUUUGCAUGUUUUAAUAUUUUAAGUAUAGUGAUGUACAUUUACGAUCAGACAGAAUAGUGAUUGCAUACAGUAUUGUAAAGAUGUAGCAUUCUUAAUUUUUUUUUAAAAACAUAUUUCCAUUUUGUUAAGUUUCAUUUUAUCCACGCUAUCAUUAUGUUGAAUCUAUAGUACAUUUCAAAAUCUUAAACUAAAUCAAAUAUUGGGUCCACGGCUUCUUAUUGUAAGCUAACGAAUUAGAAGUAAACAAACAUUUAGAACGUUUUGAGCUAGAUUUAGAAUGUUUUUAGGCGGAGACAUGGCUUAAAAUAAUAUAUCGUAAUAGGAUUUAAUGUAGUCUAAACAAAAAAAAUCAAAUGAUAGCUAAUAACAGGUACUUCAAUUACUAAAAAAUAUGUUGUUUUAAGCCAUAACUGAUGCAGAAUAGUGCAUGUUAAGCGGUUUACGAUAUCAGGCAUACGAACAGAGAAGGCGUUGAUUGGAAAAAAAAAAAUACAAAAAAAAAAAACAACAGAGCGCGAAAUUCAACUGAACUGUCAAAUCCAUCCAAUAAUUUUACCAAAAUUUCGAAACAUUUUGGUAGCGUAGACCUUAGCAACCCGCAUAGCUGUUUUCGUUUUAGGAUAAAUCCUAGACCUGUAAGUUUGUUUGUAAAUGAAAAUAAUUUCAAUUUGAGUGCCUGAUAUUUAGUAUUUUAAAUCCCUCCGUAAUACCCGUUUGCCUUAUUUUAUUAGAGUUUAUUUAAUAGCCGUGUUAGACGCUAGAACCUAAUUAUAUAUUAAAAAUAAUUAAUAUAUGUGAAUCGUAAGUUAAUGUUUCGAUGUUAUAUGAGUGUGAAAUUUGGGGUUGUUUUACUUAAAAAAUAUAUACAUAUAUAUGUAUUCCAUUCAUAGUUGCCACAAAACCAAAUUUUAAGACAGACGACGCGUUCAUGUUUAUAG